AUGCGCACUUGGUUGCGGUCGGUGAAGAAGAAGAAGGAGGAAAAGUUCUUGGAGCGAGUCUUGUUCUUGGACUCACAUCCCAUUAACGCUUUCGGAAUGAAGUUUUCUGUUCGUCGUACGCAUAUGCGUGAAAUGCACGCAAUGGUAAUGGGUUGUAAAAUGCGAAAAAUACCCGGAGACGACUGCAAAGUUUGCAAAAAAAAAAAAGCCAUUUCUGCUUUCUUUGAUUAUAUUGAAACACGCAAAGUACCGUACUUCCAAUGACGUUAAUGAGUUCUAAAAAGUGGACUCGUGUUUUCCGUGUGAAUAGGUCACAAAAAAAUAAGAAAAUGUGAAAAACUAACAAUGUCGGCUCACACAAUCUACUCAUUAGAGUGUUAUGAGAACUGCUCUCAUAAGACUACAGUAAGAAGUCAGAUGAUUUUUUUCUGAGUCGGAAAAGUCAGUCUAGAAAUUUUCGGUUUCGAAAAACAUCCUAGAGAAAAGCUAUGACAACUCUUGCCUGGAUGAAGCAGGAGGCGUCGGAGAGACGGAACCACCGCCUAGGGACUCCAUUUCACGUACAGAAGACCACUUGUGGACGACGCGCCGCGACGUCGGCGGUGGCAACGGCACGCUGAUCUUCCGGCGGACAUCCAUCGCAUCCGGAGACCCAACACAACUCGAGAACGUCUCAAGAAAGCUCGACGCGCGGCAACUGAGAAGGCGUGGCCGCCCCGAAGAAGACGUGCAACAAAAGCAAGUUCGCUCUCCUCUUUUCUUCCGAGGAAGCCCUCAAGCGGCCGACAGACUCAUUUCCUUCCCCUUUUCCGGAGGGUGGUCCGAUUGGACGCGUUCAAAAACAUUUACCAAGUACAGAAUUUGGAUGUGUACUUUACUUAGUGUACUGAUGUUUGCAAUAAAACUCUGUGAGGUAUUUUGCAGAAACUGAAUUCAGCAAAAAAUAAUAAUCAGGAUCCUCGUUUUCUAUGGGGAAAAAGCCGUUACAAAUAUUCAAACACUUUCCUUCCGAAUGAAAUGA